AUGCAAAUUGAGAAACUGCUCCUAUUCAUCACACUCUACAGCAUUGCGAUAGCACGGUUUUUAGUUCAAGCAGAGGACAUCGCAACUACUUUAUAUCCUUACAUCUAUACCAACUUAAACAACUGGCCCUGUGUACGUCUACUUAAUGCAACAGGAACCAUAGGCUGUCAUUCCUUAAAGAAAAAGAGUGGCGUAUUAUAUCAAAUCAACACACAGGACGACAUUGACGAUUUUACAUCUAGAAAGCCACAUGGUGAUUAUGCGCUUGUGUUGCCAUAUUACCUAUUAACCAAAGCCAACAUUGAUUCGCUCGCAAGCACCGGCAAAGCGACAGGCUUGGUCAUCUUAUUGACAGAAGCGUCAACUGCAGCACCAUCACUGACUUCUCCUGACUCGACCUGUCCAAAUUGCGAGUUUGGGCUUUAUGCCAACGACACCGAUAGAUACGAAUGGAACACUCAGGCCCAAAACUUGAUAGAGCAGACGUUUGAUUUUCCCAUCUUUGCUAUCAAGCCAGAAGAUACCACAUCUCAAAAAGUAUACGAUUUCAUUACAAGUAGUAUAGCUGUCAACGUAGCCAACGAAUACAAAAACUAUCCCUUGAAAGCCAUUGACUUCGAUUUGUUCAUGUGGGCCGCUGUCAAUUCAGAAACGUGUCUACGAAGAGGAUGGUGUCAGGUCGUAGGCGGCAUGUCGGUCUAUUCUACACCAUCGCUCAAUAUCUCUGCUGAUGAUAAAAAGCCCAUCGUGGUGGUCUCAGCAAGCAUGGAUAGUCGAUCUCUGUUUCACGAUUUGACCGUGGGCGCCUCAAGUGACGUCUCUGGCAUGGUCACUGUAUUGGGCAUUGCGGAUGCUUUGAGCAGAGCACCCGCACCGCUGGAUCAGCUGCCAAAGCAUAUUCUAUAUACAUUAUUCACUGCAGAAUCGUGGGGAUUUGCUGGCUCACAACGGUUUAUCAAGGACAUAUCGACACCCUUUGUAUGUACAAACGCUACCAGAGCCACACCAUGUCCCUAUGCCAAUGCACCAUGUACAUUUCCUUGCGUCAGAAACACACACUUUCAAAACAUCAACUUCGACAACAUUGAAUCUAUAUUCGAGUUUCAGUCUGUCUCCGGCAUCAAUUCCAACUACACAGAUGGUUACUAUGUGCAUGUGGAUGAUGCACAGCAGUCGCAAUCCCUCAUCAUAGCGUUGCAGCCCCAUACCAACAUAAAAAUAGCUUCAGCAGACGGUGUGGAUCGCAAACUGCCUCCCAGUAGCGCCAUGAGUUUUUUGCAAAAGAAGAGAGAUAUAAAAGCGGCUGUUAUUACAGAUUAUCAAAAGCAGCUUGGCAGUUACUACAACAGCGACAUGGAUGAUGGCUUGGACAUCUCAAAGGCAACAGACUCUAUUUGUGGGCUGGUCAAUUCAACAGCAAACGCCAUCUACAACCAAGCAUCAAAUGGAAAUCUGACAAGCCUAAUUACUGCAAAUUGCACAUUGAUCUCUUCCAUGCUCGACUGCUUGAUAUCCAACUUUUCAUGUCCAUUCAUGCAAAACUAUUUUAAUGUUACUGCUGUGUCAAGAAUACCUCAUUACACCUCUGUUUACUCGUUUCAAAACCCUCAACCUCAACUUUUACAGCGGUUCGCAUUCAGUUUUUUGAGUGGCGCAACUGGAAAGCAACGUGUGGCAGACAAUGGGCAGCCUGUGCAAUGUCAAACGAUCAAGGAUUGUGCAUCGGGCGAAUACUGCAUCAAACAACAAUGCACCACCUCACUCACCACCUACCAUGAAGCGUAUGGUACAGGAUUACAGUACGAUGAAAGCACUGGAUAUGUCAAGGUAGUGGAUCCAACCAAGGGCACAUGGACAGAGAGCACGUGGGAUUCCCCUGCAAUGCGCAUAUUUUCCAUCACCUCCACAUCACACCAAAUAGUUGAAUUUGUAGUUGGAUUACUGUGGAUGUUGGCUAGUUUUACCACUGUUUUAUUUGUUAAAAAGUACCUGAAAAAGACACUGAAAACUGAAUAA